UCGUAAUCACAAGCCAUUCAUUACAGCUGUUAGUGUGAAGGCUUGUUUUCGUGCAAAUGCUGGCGUUUUGUGCCCAAGUGAGAGGCGUGUUAAAAAUGCGUAGGACUUCAAAUAUAUUCUAAAUUACUGAAAUUAAUUUUUAAUGUUAAUUCAACAACAUUGACACAGUACUGAUCUUCUUGGCUCAAAAAAUAAGAUGAAUCCUAAUAACAGAGGCUCGGGUAUGAGGAAUUCGACUCCAUAUGGCAGGCAUCAUAUGUCUAGCAACUCGCAUUCUCACCCGCACCCGCACCCUCACCCCCGUUCGGCACAUCACUCGCGGUGGCCAGUCAAUCACGUAUCUUAUGCCAAAGAUUUUCAGCAUUUUUCUCAGGGUGAUUGUGUUGUUGACAAAGAUUCAGUUUGGAAGCAAGGCCAUGUGGGAAACCAGAGUCCCAGCCACUUCUCAUCCGAAUCUCCGGAAAUCAGGCAGGUCUCCCCUCCUCUCCAUGUCAAUAUCCGCGGACAGGUAUCUGAUAACGGGCUUGGCAUGCGAGGAGGCCCACUGCUCAGUCUGAGUCCAGGUGUCCUCGGAUCGAAUCCAAUGGAUGGCGGAAACCGAUCAGCAUUGGGUAUGGAUUUUUCACCACGUCGUAAUGGAGAUAUGAGGUUGAGCCCUAUCCAGCUACAACACUCACCCCCUUAUUUUCGGAAUGGUGGUCAAGAAGAUGGCCGCAAGAGUGAAAGCCCUAGUAGAAAACGACGCAGAUUGUCGCAAAUUUUGGAUAUGGCUCCAACGCCGCCUCCACUCUCGCACCCCGCUCCUUGGGAACAACGCCACCCCCGCCCACAGCACUCCCGCCCCCAGCGUCAUCAGCCUUCAACUCGCUCCAGGGGCAGCCCUCCAAUAAGGCGAUCUCGGUUCAGAGACUGUGGUCCAAUCUGGGGACAGGAAAGCUUUUCUGUCAACCAUCAACCCUUCCCUCAGUCCGGUCCAACCCAUCAACCUUCUGUCAUGAUGGAUGUAACUCAGGUUCCUGUAUCUUUGCCUUUAUCACUGUACUCAGCGCCCCACCUGACCGUCUGCCAAGGGGCAGCCGGCCCCACCCCGCCUCCUCACUGCCAGGUUCAUACUAUUUAUCCUACGCAGUUCCAGACGUCCUGUCAGGUGCCUCAAUUCGGCAACUGCCUGUCGCACCACCACGGGCCACCACAUCACCACCCACACGCACAUCCCCACCAUCACCUGGCCGGCUUCCUGGGCGCCGCCCCCGGUCACAACACGCCGCCUCUCACGGCCGUGCAGGCCCCGCCGCCGCCUCCCUUGCCCAUCGAGCUCGACCUCAUCGUCGACCCCCACCACUCUCACCCCCACCACCAUCACCCCCCGCCUCCUCCGCCCUUCCACUAUGGCAACUAUCCCCAAACAUCUGUUGGACUUUAUUCCCAAGUGCCUCAAUUCGGCAACUGCCUGUCGCACCACCACGGGCCACCACAUCACCACCCACACGCACAUCCCCACCAUCACCUGGCCGGCUUCCUGGGCGCCGCCCCCGGUCACAACACGCCGCCUCUCACGGCCGUGCAGGCCCCGCCGCCGCCUCCCUUGCCCAUCGAGCUCGACCUCAUCGUCGACCCCCACCACUCUCACCCCCACCACCAUCACCCCCCGCCUCCUCCGCCCUUCCACCACUCGGCUCCCCCCCCUCCGCUCGUGCAGGUAGCGUCGCCGCCAUCCAUCUUCAUCUCAGAGGUGAUUGUGCAGGUGCGUAGCAGUCAGCUGGAUGUGUUGGGUGGGGGCCGAGUGGGGGGCCGUCAAGGUCACCCGCCCCCGCCGCCCCCCCAGGUAAGCCGCCACCGCAGUGGACCGCCGCCUCCGCCGCCCCGCCGCUGGGCGCGCACCCCCAAUUCGCCCCUCCAUCCCAACUGGCUCCGGCUCCUAGCAAUGUUCUCGAAUCCUCCGCUCUCGCCCUACAGCCAAGCUGAACUGAGCAGCCCGGAUUCGACAGAGACGGAAAACUACGAGGCCCUGCUGAACCUAGCUGAGCGACUAGGCGAGGCCAAGCCUCGAGGCUUGAACCGACUUGAAAUUGAACAGCUUCCAUCUUUCAAAUUCAACGCGGAAACUCACCAGGGAGAUCAGACGUCGUGUGUGGUGUGCAUGUGCGAUUUCGAAUCAAGGCAGUUGCUGCGCGGACUGCCCUGCUCUCACGAAUUCCAUGCCAAAUGCGUAGACAAGUGGCUCAAGUCGAAUCGUACAUGUCCUAUUUGCAGAGGAGAUGCGUCUGGGUACUUUACAUCGUCUGAUUGAAUCAAUAUAAUUUUUGUUCAGCUGCACAUUACUGUCUUCUGUAGAGCAUUAACAUACUCGAAAAACAAAUCUAACGUCUUGGAAACAUUGUAAUGUAUUGCUUACAUAGCGUAAAACGGUAUUGAGGACUUAUCUACUUGAAGAUAAUUUUCAUAUUAUUUAGAUCGUUAUUCUGCAACUAAGUCUUCAAUUCUUAUAAUAUUUAUAUUUCAAAAGAGAUACACCUCAUCUUUGAAAUCUAAUGAUUUCUCGCUAUACGGUUCUUGAGUAGGAAGGGUUAUUGUCAAAAUAACGAUCUAUCAACAUUUUGAAAUGAUUAUUUGUCCAAAUAAGUUGAAAUGUAUUGAAGUAUUUGUAUAAAUCCUGUUGAAUUCUUCUAUUGUUUUAUUGUGAAAAUUGGGAGGAAAUCCACUUUGUGAACGUUUGAUUAUGAUAAAUCACUUACAGUUGAUUUUUCUGAUGGUGAAAAUUACAUUAAUUUAACUCCAGUAUUAUCGUAGAGCGUUUACUGGUAAACACAUGAGAGCUUGGGAUCUUUUUUAUUUUAUAUUCAUUAUUUUUAUUUACAGUGCUUUAUUAUAUCCUGAUGGUCGAAUUUUUUAACUUUUUUUUAAUCGUUACAAGAAAAUGUAACAUCAUGUAAGUAUAUAAAUUGAGUAGAAAUAAAUCUUGGAGUGCAAAUAUAUUUGGUAAAAUUAAGAUUAAAGUCUAGUUUUAUUUUCUCUAUCUCAAUGGGUAAAUUCUGGAAUUGGGAAGAUUAAAUAUUGCAUUUCAAACAUUCACAAAUUGCAUUUCCAUUUGCAAUUUGAUAAUUAAUAAUUUUCUUUAUGAAAUAAUUUUAUUACAAUUAUUGUAAGAGUUAUAUUGAUUUAUAUUUCUUCUGGGAAUUAAUUAAUUGUGCCUUUACACUUAAUCUCACACUAAGUAUGCAAAAGUAUAGUAUUUUUGACAUUCUCUCUGAUAAUACUUAUGUGGGUGGGUUUUAUUAGCUGUAGCAAUAUUAUCUCGAUAAAUUACUCUAAUAAUAUUUGAUAACCAAUGUUAUUGUGUAUGCUUUCCCAAUGCAACAUGCAAUAUUCUCAAUAAUUAUUCUCUUCAACAAACUAUUCUCUUCUGUUUUCUAGUUGUGCAGCAAAAUUAAAUAGUCUUAACAGUCCUGAAUCUCUCAUCUCGGCCUGAAAUUUUAUAAUUUCCUCCAAUACUUUAGAGAUUGUUCAAUUUGAGACACUUAGGGCCGGUUUCCGAGCUCGGGAUCUAUAAGUUCUGGACUUGCAGAGUCCAGGACUAAAAUAAGCUCUCGGGUCUAAAUUGACUUUCUGAGUCACGAUUUUAUCUUCUAAACUCCGGAGUCUAUCAAGUUCUCGACUUAUUUUGAGUCCAGGACUUAACGCAGUAAACGUGAGGGAAAUUCACAAUAUUUUGCUGUUGUAUUGUUGGCAUUAUAGCAAAACGGAAACAGCUGAUUACAGCGGGACAAUUCAAAUGAGCAUGCUCUCCAAACUAUAUUAUAAAAAUGUUUCGAUUUCUUUGUAGGCCUAUUCAAAGCAAAACCUUUAAAAGGUGAAUGAAUAUACAUUUCAUUUUACGUUAUGCUAUUAUUGAUCAUUGAUCCUAACCAGUAGUGAUUUUGGAAUAAAACUUUCAUUAGGCUAUUGAGUUUGAAAACGUAUUUGUUUUGAAAAAAACUGGAGUAAUAAUUUAUUAUUGAUAUUAUUAUUAAUAUGUUGGAUUUGACAUUGAUUAAUAACUCAGAUUGGAAUAUAAAUUCCAAGGCAAUCCUUGUAUUAUUUUGCUUGAACAUUUUUAGGUUAUCACAGUCGUAAAAUGAGGUUAGUUUUUACGCAUAAUUCUGAUACAACUAUAUUCCAAAAUGAACUUGCAAACUAUAAAUUAUGAAUUUAGAUGGACUGAUCCAAAUAAUUUAGGUAUUCCAUGACAUCUAUUUGACUUUUUAUCUACUUCAAAACAAUAACUGAAUUGUGUUUGCUCAGUUAAGUCUAGAACUUAAACCCUACCCCAGUCGAGGGUUUAAAAUCACGCUGUUUUCUGGACUUAACGAUUUUUGAUGAAUCCUUGACUCGGAAAGAGGCGAGAAUCCAAUUCAAGUCCUGUAGGCCUACUUAUAAGCCCUUCACUCAGAAAGCGAAGUUAUAAACUCCAGGGUCUAACAUGAUCUCUAAACUCCAGAGUCUAUUCAAGUCCUCAACUACUUUAACGCUCCAGAGUUUAAAGCCAGUUAAAGUCUAGAACUAAGCUAAAUCCCGAGCUCGGAAACCGGCCCUUAAUGCUUUAGAGCGCUCUCGUAGAGAUCUACAGCUGCUCUAGACUUGCUCAGCUCCAUUCAAAGUUAACAAAACUCGUGUAUUCUAUUUGAGAAAGCUAUAUCAAUAAGUGUCGCUUUGAAACAAUUCUUUACAAAAGUUCUCUUUAUAAGACUGCUUACCUCAAUAUUAAACCAGAAGUUGUAAAAAUUCAAUACGGUUUCUAACAGUUUAUAAAGGUUGAAUAUGUUAUAUACACAUCUAACAUUUUGGCGAAUCACUUUGAAUUAGCUUAGAAUAAUACAUAUUCACUAUUGUUUUGUAUAAAUGCGUGAUACAAGGUUAAUUGAUCAAUUAACCUUGUAUAUGAUACUAAAGUGCAUAGAAUAUUGCAAACCCCAUCUCUGCAUCUUUAAAUCUGCUAUAAAACGUUUUAGAAUAUUAUACCUAUGUUCUUUUCAAUGGAAUAAUAGAUAACACCCCAAAUUCUAGUUGUUUAUUCGGGUGAAUCUUGAAUGUAUUUCUGUAAAAUAUUACUUGAAAAUUAUUGUCUCUUAAAUUUUCCUAUGGAAAACCGUAUUGAAGUAAUGAUUCUUCAUCAAUAUAUAUUUGCAUGAAGGACAGGUCACAGAUUGUACCAGUUUUGUAUCUAAUAAAAUAGAACAAAAUUACUACUAUCGCUUGCAUAAUAUCAAUGCAAUGUGAAUUCCUUUCUUCAAGCAUUCCAUUCUCUUCGCCUCAAUAAAUUGUCCUAUUUAGAUUAAAACGGUCGUUUAAUUAAUUACUUGUUAACGUUCAUUGAUGAAUAGGGUUGUUUCUUUCAUGAUACUCGUUUUAAUAUAAGUUUUAUGAAUUCUUAAUUGAUUCUUUGCACAACAUAAUAGUUCUUAGGUCUGAGCAAAGAUCCCAUGUACAUCACAUUUUAAGUUAUUAUUAUUAUAUCUGUAUAUUUCAAAUCAUCCCAUAUAGGUCUACAUCACAUUUAUAGCUUUCUAUUGCUAGUUAAUUUGAAGAUUUUACCCGGCUCAAUUUUCAUCUUGACAAGUUCAACUUGAAUGGCCAUUUGUAGAAUCUCCAAUCAAUUGAUAGAGCAUAGCUUCAAAAAUCCAUAAUGAAUACAAUUCAUUUAUCGAUCUCAAUUGAAUUCUUAUUAGAAGAGCAUUUUCUAACUAUCUCUUCUUUGAAAUCCUGUGAAGUUACCAAUAGCUUGAAUGAUAUUAUGAAGUGCCAUUAAAGCAGAACUUUUAUUAAAAAAACUCAAUUCUUAUUGAAAUACAAUUUUAAAAUUCUGAGGCAAUUUGGUAUACAGGUGCUCUUUCCAAAAUAUAAUUAAUAACUUUAAUUUAUUCAUCAAUUCUUUCAUCCUGUCACCAACAUCAUUAUUUCCUCACAAUUUAUUUCUAUUUCCAGCUUCAAAAUUAUUUUCAUUCUUAUUUUGAACUCAGAAAAACGUUGUAAAUAUUCUUAAUUGAAUGAUUAGUAUAUUGUUUCAUUUCAUAUGUUUGUAACUGUUUGUUUUGUUUGGAAGAAUGAAUUUUGUUGUGGGUUAUCUGCAAUAGUUGGAAAAUGUUGUCAAAUUGUUUUAUAAUUUGUUUUGACAAAUAUGUGGUUAAUUUAAUGUUCAAUUCAUUGUUUAAUCAUUUGGAUCAUGCCAUAAUGAUGAUAUAUUGGCUUUAGUUGUGCUUGAAUUCCCCUCCCAAUAUUGUUUUCUAAUAAUAAUUGAUAAAGAUACAAUUCCUUGAAGUAUGCUGAGCAGUUUUGCAUUACAGUUCAUUAUAAGUUAUUAAAAGAAUAUUCAAUUAUUUUUUCAAAUUUAAAUAAUAUUAGGUUACAUCCACCGAAUUUAUGCUAAUAUUUUGUCUUCAAAGUUUGAAAGAAAUGUAAUAAAACUCACGUUAGAAUAUUGAAUAAUCCCAUCCAUAUGAGAUAAGGUAGCACUUUUACCACUUGUUAGCAUAUUAUACGGUGCAUAAACCGUGAAUUGAAUACGCACUUCUUGUACCAUACAUCCUGUAAUGUUUUACAUAAUAUGGUAUUUACUCUAUCAAUGAAUUUAUAUAUUCCUCAAUAUUGUGUAUUCAAAAGGCUCAGCAUAUUCUCAAAUCAUUCAUAAUGGCUUGUAUCUAAAAACGUUUUUUAAUACAGUGUAUAAAAUUUAUGUAUAGUUAGAUACCAUAUUAUAGUUCAUUAUUUUAUACUCAUAUAACUCCAAGUAUAUAUAAUUUAAGAAUAAUUUCUGUAGUUCGUUGUAGGAGUUUUAUACAUGUAAGUUAGUUAGAAGUUGUUGUUAAUUUCAUUCACAGGAAAUGUUAGUAAUUCUACCUCAAUCAGUUUUUCUCAUGCUUUGAAAAAAGUGCAACAUACUUUGAGCUCAUGUGAUAAAGAUUGUUAUAUUGGAUUUUCAACGAACAGUUCUAAUAGUUUCAAUCGAUAAUUCCAAAUGGUUAGCUUUACUCUACAUACAUAUAUAAACAAUUGAAUUGUAAUACCUUCUGUAUUCGCACAAAUACUGUGUGUUUGUAUCUUGAAAACAAUCAGGAUUUGAUCUCUUUUCCAUUUUUCAAAUACUGAACCUUUAUUAUGAUGUAAUGAACCCUCAACGAGGCUUCACUGUUGGGUUGUUAAAAUUUAUUAUUGAAUAAUAAUUAAAACCUUGUUUCUCAUUACAUAUUCCUUGGCGAAGAACUGCCUAUUCCAGAAACAUCAAUAAGGCCUAUUAUUUAAUCAGUAAAUUUGAAGCAAUAAUUAGACAUUCAAUACGUUCCCUAUGAAAAUACACCACUCAUUCUCAGUUGUUUGUAGCUAUAGAUUUAGAGUUUGAAUAGUGACAUUUUUAAAACAAAUUCCAUUUAUAAUCUAACUUGUAAGGUUGGGAGCGAUUUUGAUUAGCUUGUAUACAAUAUUUAAAAGAAAAAUUGAACCCUCGAUGUUCAAUAUUUUUCAUAAUUAUUAAAAUGUAGCCUACUGUAAUUUUGCUGAUGAAAUUUGCAUAGAUUUAAAUGAUGAAAUUAUCAAUUUUCAUUGUGAACUCCUUCAUUGUCCAAUAUGCAGUACCUAAAUAAAGUCUAUAUUUUCCUAAAUCUUUAGAAAUAAGAUGCAUAGAAAAUGCUUAUGCACAAUCCUUGAUAAUAUUUUGCUUAAAUAGCUCAAAGAAUCUGUUUACAAAUAAUAGAUAAAACUCAUUUGCAACUGGUAGUCUAAUGUACCUAAUAAUCAGAAUCCUCUAAAUUUCAGUUUUGACAGUAGGUGAAGAGGCUCCUUGUCUAUCAUGAUUAGACAUGCAAUUCUUGUUUGUAGAUCCAGGUCCGUAUGUGGAACAUUAAGUUUUAAAAGUUGCCAUGUAACUAGUUAUUUGGUUGAAAGAUGAAUAAUCGAAUAUAUUGAGUGGUUUCAACUUUUCCCAAUUUCGUGAAACUUUUCAAAAUUUACUGUUUUUCUGAAGCUUAUUUAGUAUCGAGAAGUGAGAAAUUUGAACUGAAGACUUAAGAUGAUCAUUCUAUAAAAAAUAAACCUCAUAAAUUACUUUAAAAUCAAGGAGUACCGGGAAAUAUCAAAUUAUGACAAAUUUAAUAUAUUGUGUCAAUUUAUCACAUACAUUUGAUUGGAUAAUACUGGAAAAUACUGAAGUUGUAACCACUUACUUAUUUAUUAGGAUAACAAGGAACACAUUUUUUGUUGUCGCAUUUAUAUCAAUCUCUAGUAUAAAGCAGUUUAUGUAACAACCGAAUUAGUUUCUUACUACCUAUCUCAAUUAAUGAACCAUCGGUUCGCUAGAUUGAUAAUAAGAGUACAACGGAAUAAAGUUUCUCGUUAUUUUAUUGAAAAAGUAGAUGUGAUAACUUUGAGUUUUUCAAUUCAAUAUGAAUAUCUACCACAUCUUUUCACUUCUUUAGUACAUAGAAAAAGCUCAUAGUUAUAUCAAAAACUGUAUCACCCCAUUAUUCUAUGAAAUACUUCAAUGAUAAUUCCGUUGUCAAUAUGACCAGUGCCUAAUCUAACCAUUAGAAUUUUCGUAUCCACAUUCACUUACAUCUAGUCAACAUAUUUCAUUAAUAUUAAAUAAUAAAUACCUCACAUGUAUUUUUAAUUGAUGAGUUUUGGCGAUCUGUGUGAAAUAAUAAAUAAAUCAAUGCAAGUUUCCAUUGUAAAUAGCUACUAAAUAAUAUGUAACUGAGAAAUAGUACAAACCCAUGCCUCACCUGAUGCUUUUGAACAAUUGAAAAUACAAGUGCUUGGAAAUGAUAUAUAUACGGUAUCCUCGUAUCUUUUUUAUGUCACCAAGUUACUAUUGUUCGGUAUAGUAUUAUAUAAUUAUUUUAUUAGAUUUUAAUAGAAGUCGUUGAUACAGUAAAUAUUACAAAAUUAAUGUCUCCUUAAGCAAUAAUAUUACUUCGUCUCUUUUCUACUAAUUAUAUAAUAAUAAUAUAUUAGCCUUGGUGUAAAAGUAAGGAUCAAUUAUAUGCAGUAGUACCGAUGAUUGAAUUAUUUUCGUGUUUUGUAAUCGUCCAAAUAAAAUCAAUUGUAUAGGCUAUUUAUUUAGAAUAGCUAACCAUUCAGGUAAUAUAAAUAUAUUUACAUAGAUUUUAGAUGUGUGCUAAAGUGUAAUCAAACCGUUAUAUUACAUUAGUAUUGAAUAAUGAAACUAUCAAAACAUACUCCAAUACUGUAAGUUACAUCUCUUGCAUAGAAAAAAUAUAUGAUAUUUGGUGGACCAUUUCAAGUGUUUUUAAUACUACAGUAAUGUUUUGCCCCGUUGGUUGUUCAAACACAAAACGAUAAGUGCUUUCACGUUGUUUCAAAUGAUUCACAAGCUUUUAAAUAGAGUAUUUUAGAUGUUUAAUCAAUUGUUUUUUUGUUGUGGCUUUCAAACAUUGAUGACCUUGAAUUUCUGUGAUUGUGAUUUUAGCACCUUAAUCUUGAUGCAAAGCUGCUAAGAAAUAAUAUUGUUUUUACUCAUUCUAGGAUAUUCAAUUUUUUAUUUGUAAUUAUUGUUGAAGUAGGUAGUUUCUUUUUUAAUUAUGGAUUUUAGUGUAGUAUGAUAAUUUGUCGGUAGUAGGCUAUACUCUUGAAAAAUGAAUGUUGGAAAAGUAGGACCCUCUAACUCUAACUUGUGAUUUUUUUAUUGUUUUGCUAAUGUAAUGUUAUAGAUUUAUACUUGUCGAUUUUAAUUAUUCGUAAGCUUUAUGGACUAAAUAUAUCUUGCUCAAAAAUUAUAGUCAUUAACUUGAAAGUUUUUCAUAAUCUGGAAAUUUUCAACUACAGUACUAUUAAUUAUCAAACUAUCUGUCUUGGCCUGCGUUUAUUAAAUCUAUAGAUCUUUCGUUUAAUUAUCCAAUUCUUGAUUAUUAUGGAACAAGAGAUUUCUAUUUCGUGAAUAACAUAUAAUGUUUCUCAUCAUUACAAACCUACCAAAAAAGUAAUUAUAGCCUAAUUCGGGUAGAACUUGUGAUAGGUUACAAAACAAACCGUAUAAUAGCAUAUUAUCGGUAAUAUUACAAUAAUGCUGAACUCUGGUUUUCCACUCGUCAUGCUUUAUAUUCUGUAUUGACUUGAAAAAAUCAAUUUGGAUGUAGGCCAGAAAUGAAACUUUCCACAGUCCCAUAUUUAAAUAAUUUCAUCAAUAUCAGUGUAUUUACAUUCGUGUAAAAAUAUAGCAUAGUUGAAGCAAAAACAUUAUUUCCUACUCUAUCUAUUUACCAUCUUGACUUUUUCUCUUGAGGGGUUUUCUUUUUUUGAGAGUGAAUUUCCGCUACAGUCUAGAUGAGAAUUACAUUGCAUCUAUUUUGUAAAGAUUCUUCACCUUUUAACUUGAUUUUGUUGCUUUAAUUGUUUUAAACUCAUGUUUUAUUUAAUAAACUUAUUCCAUAUUAUUUAUUAUUAUCAACAGUUCUUUGUCAAACUGUUUUCAAUAUCAAUUGAAGCUCUUUGGUCUUACCAAGUCAGUAGUUUUAAAUUUUACAUGAUCAUUUCACAUUACUGAUGAACAGAAAAAAUUUUUAUUGGUUUGUGUGGUGUUUGUACGGUACUGUGGUAUUUAUCUUCUUUCUUUCCAUAGUAAUUGUCUUCCUUAUUAGUUAGCUCUAUUCGUAUACAAAAUUAGAGAAUAAUAAGAGCUGCUAUAUCUUAUUUAAGUACCUGUACCUUUGUUCUAUUGCUUUGAAAAAACUAGGUUAUUGUUUUCAUAUUCCAAAAGGAUUGAUAUUGAUCAUUUUAUGAAUUUGUUGUUGCUGGAAUUGAGUCUGAACUUGAUAAGUAUUUGUAAAUAUCUAUUAUGUAACCAGGAAUUGACAAAAUUAUAAAAAAGCUAGCAUAAAAUUGUUUUGUUUGCUAUUCACGAUAUGCUUUAAAACUGUGUAAUUUUUUCCAUUGUUUGCUUUUCUCAAAUUUCCCAUGCCCAAUGUGAAUAAAUGGAUUUCUGCACAGAAUGUAAUCUUUUAUUGUAUAUGGCAGACUAUACAAAUAAAUUUUGAAAUUUA